GUAAUGCCUCUGUGAUUCAGUCAAUUUUCUGGCCGACUGCGGACUAUUACAGAGAAUGAAAAUUGUGACGCAGUUGUGUAAAAUAUCUUUCUUUGACUGCUGCAGCAGCGCUGUGGGGUCUUGCGGGGGCCUACAUCAGCUGCUGCAAAACGUCUGCGCAAUGCUUAUGUGCCAGCAGCCACAUAAUAUUAGAUUUUUUUUAACAAUGUAAAAUGCAUUCAGGCAGUUGAGGGAAAUGUUGGGGGUAGAGGGGUCUGAAAGAAAUAGUUGCUUUGUUAAGGCUUGGGAAUUGUAGUUUUGUAUCCCAAGAAGAGCUAUGGAUUCAAUAGCCUCUUCGAAGGAAAUGGACUACAACGCCCAUACGCACAACUCUCCAGAUACUUUGUAAACUCUAUGCAAGUUGCGCGUCUGCACUGCUAUUUUAGGUAUGCAGCUAGUGCUAUCUGCUCGGCAGUUUGCUGGUUUGUCUAGUUAUGGCCUCUAAAAAGAAAUGUAAACAGUCGCUAAUGUAAUGACAGCUUUUGAUCGGAGAUGCACCGAUGACAUUUGGCGACAAGGUACCACGCUUGAUCAAAUAUUUUCGACCUUGUAUGUCUUUCGAGGAAUUGAGAGUCACCACCUCCUUGAUGUGAGAUAUUUCCCAGUUAAAAAUCCGACGAAAGUCAUUUGAGCACGAUUUUCAGCUGAAUUCCCACUUGACUACACUGGCCAGCAUCCAUAAGAUCCACCACACAUUGCAUAGGCUGAACUUGACAGAAGACGUUGGACAGGAUACCCACCCCUCAGCUUGUUGCUCUAGAGCCAUGCCUCCUAGGAAAAAGAGGAGACCAUCAGCUGGAGAUGACAUGUCAGCUAAGAAGAGUCGUCAGGACAGUGUUUUCAGAAAACACGAAACAUCACAGAUCCGUGAGGAGGAGACAUUUUCCAGUAAAAGAUGCUUGGAGUGGUUCUAUGAAUAUGCUGGCUGUGAUGAUGUGGUGGGUCCAGAAGGCAUGGAGAAGUUCUGUGAAGACAUCGGCGUAGAGCCGGAGAAUGUGGUGAUGCUGGUUCUUGCUUGGAAGCUGGACGCCCAAAGUAUGGGGUAUUUCACUCUCCAGGAGUGGCUGAGAGGCAUGGGCUCACUGCAGUGCGACUCUACAGAAAGGCUGAGGAACUCGCUCGACUACCUGAGAUCCGUUCUAAACGACAGCACCAGUUUUAAGCUAAUUUAUAGAUAUGCCUUUGAUUUUGCUCGGGAAAAGGAUCAGAGGAGUUUGGACUUGAACACAGCCAAGUGUAUGCUGGGACUUCUUCUGGGGAAAACAUGGCCUCUGUUCCCUGUGUUUAAUCAGUUUCUAGAGCAAUCCAAGUACAAAGUCAUCAACAAAGACCAAUGGUGCAAUGUUUUAGAGUUCAGCCGCACAAUCAACCUGGACCUAAGUAACUAUGAUGAGGAUGGUGCCUGGCCAGUGUUGUUGGAUGAGUUUGUGGAAUGGUACAAGGAAAGACAGAUGUCAUAACUGCAGGGCAAAAUGGAGAAAAUGCAACUGUGACAACAACAACUAUGAGAAUCAACAACCAAUAAGUAAACAAUACAAAAAUGGUAAAGCAGUGACAGUAGGUGCUUCCUGGUAAAGAAGGGGGUUCAGGCUGUGGGUGGGCUAGGGUGGGGGCGCUGGGUUUGCAGCCUGGGUGCAUGCUGCCCAGAGCGCAGAGGCAGAGAGCUGUCAUUGUGGAGUUAUGUUCCCCAACCGAAGUUUCAUAGUGGACAAGCUUGCAGCAAUCCCCAGUGGCAUUGCUCUCUCACUGUGACAUGUCAUAUUGCUGUCUGUGUUAGGAUAAUGUGGUAUCAUACAUGAAUGAUGGAAGCAAGGUGGUAUUGUGUGGAGAACCACCCCUCACCCCUUAUCUUCAGCACAGAGAAACCAGCAGAAGUGACCGUUCAUGCAUUGUGUCUAAGUCUUAAACACAGUCACUUUGACCUGGACACACAUUAUAUAUUAUAGAUCUGUGCAAUGAACUUGAACUUGAGCUUUCUGGACACGUGGCACUAACUAUUAUUUGUCAUAUUUUGGGUUGGAUAAGAGUUCUUCAAGAAGCACACUGUGUCAAAUGAUGGCUGCAGGUUCCUCAUGCCUGUGCUGUUUACUGUUGAUUUGUGCUAGUUUUUGCUCCCUCCUGCUGUUUUCCUCCAGCUAAUGCUAACAGUGUGUUACCCCUCUGCUAAGGUUUCAGACCUCAUAACAUCAAACAAAUCAGCCAUGCUGCUCACUAACUCUUAUUAAAGUUCAGCAGUGAGCCACUAGUGCUCUGAUCAGCAUUUAUUGGUCUGAUGACAAAUUUAUGUAUCUACAUUGUGUAGGUAAGAGUAUUAUUGUGCCUCAAACCAUGGAAGUCACUUUGUACACACAUACCAACAAACCCAAAUGUAUACAGUAGACACAUGUGAGAAUACAUACAACACACACAUGCUUGUGCACACACAGACACACUGAGUGGUCAGGGAUUAUUUCAGGAUGAAUUCAGACUGUUGGGGCUGUGUUAUAAGUUGACAUAGAGCUAGUUGGUGUCCAUUAUGUCUUUGAUAUGUGGCAUCUGUUUUGUCUUCCUUAGUCCAAUGAUAAUUUCAGGUCUUAGUAGUAGCAUCUCUCCCAACACUGAAUGUGUUAAUGUACGUAGAGUGGAAGACCAGUGACCCUCUUGAAACAAGGUCCUUUAGGCUUGAGUAGUAAAGUAGGUUUGCUGAAAGCAGUGCUUUGUACCAGUCCAACAGGUUCUAAUCAAAACAAUGGACACUGACAGUUUGGAACUCUGUGAUGAUGCUAUGCUCUUCUUUUUUCCUAGUAUACGGUUCUUGUAACGCGUAUAAAUUUUUGUCUUUGGCUGUGGUGUGAUGCUGAAUUGUCAGAAGAUUUAAUAUUUGCAUGCAUGCUCCAACAGAACCUUUUGUGAAUGGAUGAGAUUUCUGAAAACGUUUUUCAAGCGUUUUUGUUUUGUACAGAAAUUUGUGCAAGUGUUUUGUGCUUAAUUUGACAUUCACGAUCAUGUUACCUUAAUUCUGAUGUACAACAUGAUUGUGUAUAUUAAGAGCUGGAACACACCUGUAACCUCAUGGUGGAACAUGAGUUCCCUCCUGCAUUUAUUUCAUCCUAUACAUACAAAGCUUUAGGUAGCUGAAGCCAGUAUGCAGGAUCUUAUUUGAUUUAUUUGAGGUGCACCUGAGUUGUUUUGCAACUUUUGCACCACUCUGUCACAAUACACAUAAACUACACAUUGAAAUUUGGUGUGAAGAUAAUAUACAUGAUCCUGUGUCACUGAAAUCCACUGCGAAAGCCUCUAUUGUCAUUACAACAUCAGCAUAAAAUCUAGGAUCGAGGUAGUUGCUGGAUUUCUUGCUAAACACUGUGUAGUUUUUUUUUGUUUGUUUGUUUGUUUUCUCCCAUGACAGUGCAGGAGGAUGAACAGCCUUGUCCCAACUGUAUAUAUGUAUGUAAACAAUGUAAGUGUCUAUAUGUCUGUUUUCACUAUAACCUAUGUCUAAAUGCAUAAAUAAAAGGGUUUAUUAACUUA